AUGGCGAGCGGCGGGUCCACGACGGCACCAAUAGAAGAGACGUACAGCGAUGCCGAGCUGCAGAUCGUGCGCGUCAAACUUGACAUCAUCCGCGCGAGGAUGGGCGCGGCAUUGGAGCUGAUUCCAGCUGGUCGCGAGUAUGACACGCCGCCUGAUGCGCGGGACGACGCUGUGCAGCCGAACGCGCUGGAGAAGAGUAUAGAUGAGACGUUCGUGGGGCCUUUAGUGACGCAGUUGACGUCCGUGAACGAAAACGAGGCGCUUGCACAGCACAAGGACACGAUGGGAUCUGGAGACAGCAAGCAGAAGAUGGAUGUGUUAAGUCGAAACGGCCGGUCGCUGAUGAAGAGUGGACACAACGACGGACAUGCUGCACAAGCUGAGACGAUGAAGAAUAUGGGCGUUUCAUCGACGGAACAGCGUGUGGUCACCCGUGAUCAGCAGAAGGCGGCGGACAUGCACUUGAAAGGUCGUUUGGUUGUGAAAAAUGAAGGCGAUACGGCGAGUCAACAUGUGGCGAGUUCGACCGCUAUGACAAUGGGUUCAGACUCGAAAGGAGAAGGACCGAUCUGCAGUGGUGGAAACCAGGUCUCGACAUCGGCACAAGUUACGACAGGUGCGACCCCAUUGCAGUCGCCAGUGUCAGCGCGUAAUCGAACGUCGAGCGAGGACGGCUUCGUUUCGACCCCUGAAGCUAGGAAAGAAUCACGCGACAAGGCGAUGAAGCCUGAGCCCGUUGAGGAAACCAGGAUAGAGCGCGCCGACCAUCUCUCUCUCAAUCACUUUCUCAUAUCAGAACUCGAGGUGUAUUGCUCUCGUUUGCUGCGAAGAAAGUGCCCCAAGAAAGAGUCGUCGAAUGUAAGUGACCUCGCACGGGUCACAGGUAUGCAGCUCUAUCUCGAUCACCAACGAGGUCUCAUGGACUUCGAUGAUGAAUGGAAAAGGUCUCAUGCGAGCUGUUGUCGAGGUCAUGCUGGAACGACUCCUGUCAAAGAACUUGUAGUAGCACCAGCAAACAUCUACACGAACCCAUUUCAACACGACGCAGCCAAUGUCGUUGAUGCGAACGGCUGGGCGAUGCUGUUGAGUCAAGUGAGAGCUUCCAGUACGAAGUCAACACCAGCGGGGACUUCAUAUACACGAGAUGUGGGCGUCCGAGAAGGCAUGGAGGAUCUGUCAGCGGCGUACAUGCGAGGAUCAAAUGGAAUAAUUGUUGGUAGCGACGACCGCCAGAAGGAGCGACUUCAGAUCAGUGCAUUCAUGGCCCAGAUCCCAUCAAGCCAAAGCACUUCGGCACUGUACGUCGUUGUGGCUGCCGGUUCUGACCUCGCCCGUUGGGAAGCAGCAUUAUCUUCCGAGCAGCUUGUCCAAUUGUACCCAUAUUGGGGAAGCAAGCAAGACCGCCAAAACUUACUUCAGUUGCUGAGCAACGGGUACUUUUCUAGCCGCAAUCUGUGGGCACACGUACUUCUCACCAGCUACGAAGCCUUCAUGGAAGACAUCUCGAUUGUGACCUCACUACACUGUCAGCUCAGCGUUAUUGACAUUCCACGGCAUGCUACUGAUCAGAUUGCGUCGAUUUGGCCACAAUUGCUUUCGCUUCGGUGUCGCCAACGCAUGUUGCUCUGUCACCCCGGGUUUGCCGUUGACGCACGCAAGUUGUUGCAGUUCCUGGUGCCUGAGUUGUUUGGUUCACGACGGAGGCUGCUGGCGUGGAACUGUGCAGCCUUUCGCGCCGAUCAAGUUGGCGUGUUAUGUGGCGUGGUCAAGGCGCUCACAGUUAUCUCGAAUGAGGAUGCACGCACUACGUUCAUGCUAAAAGUAGCAGCUCGCACUGCGCAAAGCUGCGAGCGCGAAGCGGCUGCUUUGAAUAUGUUGAAUAAGCAAGGAAUUGUGAGGGCAACACAACGAUCAAUAAUGGUGCCUGUGAAGCGCGUACUGAGCAAAAAGUCGCGAAGUCGUGCUAGUGGACACAUCCCGGCAGAGGGAAAAGUCGACCCGCUAAGGGUUGCCUUCAAUCCAGUCGAUUCGCAGCUUGCAGUCAAUGCUGCAAGCGCGCAUCAAAAAACCCGCAGUGGAGGCGAUGUGACACCUGGCUCCCGACAGCGGAUAGGUCGAUGCGGAACUUGUGCUGGUUGUUUGGCUGAGGACUGCAUGAAAUGUGGACACUGUCAGGACAUGAAAAAAUACGGUGGACCAGGUCUCCGCAAACAGUCUUGCAAACAUCGCAAGUGCCUCAACCCAAAGAUAUGGGGAUUGGCUUCCAGAAAGAGGAAGCGCAAGCCAAAGCGCACUGCUGGUACGAACAGUGCAGUAAAGGAAAGCUCGGAGGUUGACGAUGACUUUUCGGUCGCAUACUCUUCUGUGGAAAGUGACGGGGAGUCUUUAUCGGUUACGACGCACGAGAACGGUGGUUCGGAUGAUGAGUCACUUCGGUAUUCGGACGCUCCGAUCGAUUCUCCCCGCGAUCUAUUGCUGCCGGCAAGCGACACCCUUGUGGACGACCAUCUGUCUCUGGGCGACUUGAGUGCUCGAUCUGCGUCGGCACGCUCGCGUAUCAUGCGAUGUGGAUUAUGCGAAGGAUGCCAGGCGCCGGACUGUUUGAAAUGCCCGCACUGUCUUGACAUGAAGAAAUACGGAGGACCGGGACUCCGGAAGCAAACGUGCAAGAUCCGCAAAUGUAAGGCUCCCAAGGUUGUCAAGUUGAAUCAGGCAAAGGGCGGUGACGACCAGUAUGUGGAUGAGAUGGGGAACGUGGUGUACAGCAGUCUGAAUGGCUGCACUUUUCCGGGGUUCUAUGAAGCUUGUGACUCGUCGGAUAGACCCGAGUCGACAAUGAUGUCACCAAGAUGUAACAGCCAGCCGAGGGUGCUACCCGUUAUCCAGGAAUGCGAGCGCUAUGUGAAACCACAUCUGGCUUUUGCGUGUACGGAUUGCGGUGCACGCUUCAGCUCAAGUAAGGUGCUGAGUUUUCACGCAAAGAUUGAGCAUCCUCCGUCAACAUCAGGCCAUCGCGUGCAAGUUCCGACGGCAUUGGAGCGGGAUGCGAGUCGGAUGUUCGCGUGGCCGAGAUACCAGAGUGCAAUGAUCAAUGCUCAGCUCAAGCAGCACAACCGAGGAGCACACAGUCCACCCCUCGGGUAUGCGAAGUUGGAGGGCCGGAACUUGCAGUAUUAUUUCGUGGACCCGUUUGUCAUCCUCGGCCGCAUGACCUCGGGAUGGUGCAAGCUAUACAAGGAUCUUGGCUUUGCAACCCUCGACGGUCUCGUUGGUGCCGACGUCGAUUGCCACAUCGGAGACGACCGCCAGAUUGCAACUCGGCACGCUGUGAUCUCGUGGGACGCUAGUCGUCGUGGCUUUGUGAUCGAGUGUCUGAGCCUCCGCACGCCGAUCACUGUAAACGGCCACGUGAUGACUUUCUCGUCACCUCGAGUCACGCUGCACAGUCGAAACCUGGUGACGAUUGGCGCAAGCGAAUUCUACUUUCUCUUGCCGAAACAGACAGACGCAGACGCAGCAGCAGCAGCAACAACAACGACAGCCACAGCAGACGCAGUAGCAGCGACGUUGCGACCCGACGUCAUUGAAGCAAGCUAA